CUCGCCCGCCUCCAAUUGCUCAUAGCAUCAUCAGCUUCGAUUUCAAUUGCAUCGCGACGACGGAAUCCAACUACAUUCGGAACUCUUUAUACCCCUAAACAUCUACUUCGUGUCAUCGUUGAACGAGUCCACAAUGCGUACCGCCCAAUUGCUCGCUCUCUCCGGCCUCAUGCUCAUGAGCAACGUCGCCAUGGGCGCCGAGCUGGACCACGACGACGUGCCCAAUCGCUGCUGGAGAGUCUGCGGCCCGGUGGUAGGGAUCGCUCACAAAUGCGACAAUAUACACGAGAGUGACCGCGCCGAGAUGAAGUGUAUCUGCGACUGGCAUCACGCACCAACCUUGAUCCCUCUCUGCGAGGCCUGUAUCGCGGAGUAUCGCAGCGAGCGCAACAACAGGGACCAUGAUGAUGACGAUGACGAUGAUGAUCGCGACCCCCACCACAACGAUGCCUACGAUAUCCUCAGGUCUUGCUCCCUGUCAACAACCAGCUACAACCCAACUGCCGCAGCGUCCGCCGUUAGCUCCGCAAGCACCGAUGCCACCGAUACAACCCCAACUGCAACCCCAACCGGCAUCGCCGACUCCACGAAUGGUGGUUCCUCGGGUGGUUCCUCGGGUAUUUCCAACAGCAAUUUGGCGAGUAACACCAACACUGCGACUAGCGCCCAGAACACCGACAAUGCGGCGUCUGCAUAUUCAACCCCCAAGGCUGCUUCCUUGGCUGCUGUUGUCGGACUAGGCUUUCUUGCUUGGCUGUGAGCAUCUCAUCACAUGAUGACAUUACGAGGUUGAAUACGGUCGGACGGGAGAGAGUGGAGGAAUAAUAUGGGAUAUGGAUUCACUGCGUCGAGUGGAUAUAUGGAUAUGGGAGAUUGAGAUCUAUAUUUACGUUUCAUGCCUCUCCUUUAUAUACCCGGCUGGAUUUGAAGUAUGUUUACUCUGUUAUGUCCUACAUUUUAUGACUUAUCGUGUGCGAUAUUCUGAAUCACUCCUU